CCACAGGCCCGCGCGGUCAGCCCAUCGCCGCCUCACUCCGGCGGCCUGCGGCGAGGCUGGGUUGUUCUGAAAUUUCUAGGAGAUUUUCAUUUUCCACUUCUUAAAUUUUCAGUUUCUUAUUAACAUUUAAAGAAGGAUUUAGGUUUUCAGUUUCGUUUCAACAAUCAAAUCCCCAAAAUCUAUCUUUCUUCCACCAAAAAUCAAAAUUAAAACAUUGAUCAAAGGAACGAACUUUCAUCACGCUCGUUGGCUUUCAGGCAGUCUUCUCUCUCACUAAGCUUCCCAUUUGGCUGAAAAGGCUUCCCCGAUUCCCUUCACGUAAUCCCCCACUCUCUUGGGCUGCUGCUCUCUUCAGUCUCGUGCGAUUCUCAUUCAAGUUCCUUCCUUCCCAAAUGCGAGAUUGGGAAUAAGAUUGUUGCUUUGAUUGAAAAGCACCAUGCUUUUGAUGGCUACGUAGUUUCUGCGCUAAGGUUUUACUUCUGCCUGGUUCAUUGGUAUGGACGUUCGUGUGAUCGAAGAAGGAAUGGGUCAGCGAACAAUGGCUAGCGAUGGAGAUGCGGAAAACAAUGACGGUGCAGAAGCAAACAACAACACGGUGCAACGUGAUAAUGGUACUGCUGCUGAGCCACACAUAGGUAUGGAGUUCACUACUGACGAUGCUGCCAAGACUUUCUAUGAAGAGUACACUAGACGUCUAGGGUUCAACUCCAAGGAUGGUCAGUCGGUUCGUUCAGAAACUAAUGGGGCAAUUGUUGCUCGGGAAUUUUUGUGUGGUAAAGAAGGACCGAAGCGACGGUCUACUGAUACUUGUGAUGCAAUGCUUAGGAUAGCACUGAAGAGUGAGGAUAAGUGGGUGGUCACAAAGUUUGUGAAAGAUCAUACUCAUUCCUCUAAUAACAGUCCCACCAAACUUCAGACAUCAAAUAAUGGCCCCACCAAACAACAGUCGUCUAAUAAUGGUGCCACCAAACUUCAGUCACUCCGGCCCAGAAGGCAUUUUGCUGGUGCUGCAAAAUCCUUCUCCACUGAAACGAACCAACGAGUGGUGGGGAAAGUUCCCAGUGGACUAAUGUAUGUUUCCAUGGAUGGAAACAGACCCCAACAAGAGAAUCGUGGGAUUAGGAACUCUGUUGGUGAACCGACUCGUGUUAUGAAGAGCUAUCCAGUAGCAAUCAAUCCUGCUAUUUGGCCAAUUAUGCACAAGAAGACACUAGGAAGGGAUGCACAAAAUCUGUUGGAGUAUUUCAAGAAGAUGCAGGCUGAGAACCCUGGUUUCUUUUAUGCAAUACAGCUCGAUGAAGAUAACCGUAUCUCGAAUGUUUUCUGGGCUGAUGCUAGGUCAAGGACAGCUUAUAGUCAUUUUGGGGAUGCCAUCACAUUUGACACAAACUACAGAGUCCACCAAUAUAGGGUACCAUUUGCUCCAUUUACAGGGGUGAACCAUCAUGGACAGAUGAUUUUGUUUGGUUGUGCAAUACUACUGGAUGAGUCUGAGGCUUCUUUUAUUUGGCUUUUCAAGACAUUUCUUACGGCGAUGAACGAUCGGCAUCCUGCAUCAAUUAUCACUGAUCGGGAUAAGGCCAUACAAGUUGCAGUCUCACAAGUCUUUCCUGAAACAAGACAUUGUUUGAAUAAGUGGAAUGUCUUAAGGGCAGGGCAAGAAAAGUUGGCUCAUGUAUGCCUUUCCCAUCCCACUUUCCAGGUGGAGCUGUACAAUUGUAUCAACUUGACUGAAACUAUUGAGGAAUUCGAAUUCUCGUGGAGUUCAUUAGUUGAUAAAUAUGAUCUGAAGGGGCAAGAAUGGCUCCAGUCUUUGUACGACUCUCGUGCUCAAUGGGUACCAGUAUACUUCCGAGAUUCUUUCUUCGCUGUAAUAUCUCCAGAUCAUGCAUUCGAUGCUUCUUUUUUUGAUGGUUAUGUUAACCAACAGACUACCUUACCAAUGUUCUUUAGGCAGUACGAAAGAGCGUUAGAGGUUUCAUUCCAAAGGGAGCUAGAAGCUGAUUUCGAUACAAUUUGUACUACACCGGUCCUAAGGACGCCUUCCCCUAUGGAGAAACAGGCGGCAGAUCUAUAUACAAAGAAAGUAUUUACAAAGUUUCAGGAAGAGCUGGUUGAAACUUUUGUUUAUACUGCUAACAGAAUCGAGGGCGAUGCAACUGUCAGCACAUUCAGGGUUGCUAAGUUUGAAGAUGAUGACAAGGAAUAUACUGUUACAUUGAACUAUGGAGAUAUGAUAGCCAACUGCAGCUGCCAAAUGUUUGAGUAUUCAGGCGUUCUGUGCAGACAUGUUUUGACAGUGUUCACAGUUACAAACGUUCUUACUCUGCCACCUCAUUAUAUCUUGGGGCGAUGGACAGUAAAUGCCAAAGCUGGUCAUGGGAUUGCUGGACCUAGUACCGAGUCAUCAUCAAACCCAGAAAUUCUUACAUCUCGAUACAACACUCUCUGUCGAGAAGCUAUUCAAUAUGCUGAAGAGGGGGCAGUAGCUUCAGAGACUUAUACUGCAGCAUUGGCUGCCCUUAGAGAGGGUAUAAAGAAGGUUGCAGCUGCGAAGAAAAAUGUUGCCAAAGUUUCACCAACAAGCUUACAGGUUAGCGGAACAGCUGCUCAGGAUGACAAAAAGACAUCUGCACCAGCAUCAGAUGCACCCUCUCUGUUAUGGCCAGAUCAAGAUGAAGCUAGUCGUAGUUUUAAUCUGAAUGAUAAUGGAGCUUCAACUCAGUCUGUUGCUGAUCUAAAUCUUCCCAGAAUGUUCCCUGUAUCUGUGCAGAGAGACGAUGGUCCUCCUGGAAACCUGGUAGUUCUCCCUUGUCUUAAAUCAAUGACCUGGGUGAUGGAAAACAAGAAUUCUACAACUGGAAGCCGAGGCGCCGUUAUCAACCUAAGGUUGCAAGAUUACAGCAAGACCCCCUCGUCUGAAUUUGAGGUUAAGUUUAAUGCUUCAAGAGCCUCAUUAGAGCCCAUGCUGAAGUCUAUGGCAUAUAUCAGUGAACAGCUUGCUGCACCACCUAACACUUUCGCUGUAAUCAACUUGAAGCUUAAUGAUACUGAAACUAAUUCUGAAGAGUCAGAAGUGAGAUUCAGGAUCUCCCGAGAUACCCUAGCUGCUAUGUUAAGAUCAAUGGCCUACAUACGUGAGCAGCUCGCAAACACUGCAGAGCCAUCGGUGGAACCUCAACAAAAGAAGCAACGGAAGUGACAGAACAUUAGUUGUUUGCUCUACCAGGUGUGUGUAACUAAUCAAACCACGUUUUGUACAUGUUGAGUGAUUUAGGGAACAACAUUCCUCCCAGAUUUUUUCUUUUCCAUUUUUGCCACCUUCCUCGGAUUUCAUCCCUGGUAGAACUCUUGAUAUUUAUUGUUCCCAAAACUCCCUCUGUAGGCAAGUCUGUAAACUGACUCUAAUGAGAUUGGCGUGUAAAAUAUGUUGUACAUUCUUUGUUGCACUCGUUUAGUAACUGAAUGAAUAAUAGCAGGGCAUAUCAUUUCUUUGCUCAGAGGUUUUUAGUUUCUAUGGUUCAAACGACGAUUUCGUAUCAAGCCCAGCAAUUGUCAAGUAUUCUG